GGAAGUUUCAGGAAAAAAGAUGUUGUUGGAAAAGGGAAGGUUGUUAGAAAAGAGAGGGUUAUCAGGAAAUGGAAGGUUGUCAGGACUAAGUAAAGUUGUUAGGAAAAGAAAGGUUGUCGGAGAAGAAAGAAUUAUUGGGAGAAAGGGUUGUUAG